UUUUAUACCAAUCCAGUGAUCCACCAAAGUCCCUCAUCAGCUUCUCCGAAAAGCGCUUUUCCUUAGCCCCGACUCCGAAAAGCCAAAAGCAGUUACUUGAAACAACGAAGAAGAAACCGUGAGAUGAUAAUUUUUUUUUUUAAAAAAAAUAACGAACAAAGAAAGAAAAAAAAGAAAAAAAAAAAAGAUCCAUCGAUCCUUCGUGUGUCGUUCGAUCGACGACGAUGAGGAAGCAGCUCUCGACGCGCUUCCGAUCCACCAAACCCGCCUCUCAUCGGCUUCCCCCAAAAGCGCUUUCUCCCACCGCAGUUGCUUCCUCUCCCUCGUCCUCGUCUUCGUCCUCGUCUCUCACCCCCGGUCGCGGGGGACGAAGAAGCCGAUGCCCUAAAAGCGAAUGGUGCGUCUACCUCAUCCUCUCAUCCCGAUUGAACCGCUCCUACGUCGGGGUCACCACGAAUUUCGUGCGCCGUUUGAAACAACAUAACGGCGAGAUCAAAGGCGGGGCGAAAGCUGCAUCUGCAGGAAGGCCUUGGUCUCUUGCAUGCAUCAUCCGAGGAUUCGUGGACCGAAGCGAAGCGUGCAGGUUUGAAUCCCUGUGGAAGAGCAUCUCGAGAAAAAUGUCGCGGAAAAAGAAAGAAGAAAAUGCUGUAAAUCCGGUUUUGCAGCAUAGAGAAGCUGCUUUGAACAGAGUCAAAACAGAAUUUGAUUGCAGCUGCUUAGGAAUUGAGUGGCAAAGUCCAGCUCUGAAUUGAUUUGCUUGCUUAUUGUGCUGAGCAAUGUAUGUGUAUUUUUGAUUCAUUCUGUACUAGUAACUUUUCUUUCUUUUUUUUGAAAGUUUGGGCUCAUGCGGACGAGCAUAUAAUUUAAAAAUAAGAUCUCCCUUUAUUUAUAAGAUUUCAAGUUUAUAAUAUAAUAACUAGUACUUCA